GAGAACGAGUCUUUUAGUCCGUUGGAUGCGGGAGGCGGGGGGCAGGCGACCUCCUUCCGGUUAGGCCGAGUCUGUGUCUCCGUGGGUUGAAGGACGUCGGCCUCCGAAUUUGUGACUUUGGCAAAGAUUGACAUCAUGGCAGGUGUAGAAAAUGAAAGCCAAUUCCAGUUCACUGGUAUUAAGAAGUAUUUCAACUCCUACACUCUCACAGGUAGAAUGAAUUGUGUACUGGCCACAUAUGGAGGCAUUGCUCUGCUGGUCUUAUACUUUAAGUUAAGGUCAAAAAAGACUCCAGCUGUGAAAGCAACAUAAAGGGAUUCUAAAAUGUUUGACCUCAUCUGUUAAAUUCUCAAGCCUGAAGAAGCUAAUGUCAACUCAUCAUGUAAUACUCAAUUUGUACAAUAAAUUAUGAACCUGGAAAA